AUGCGCGUCUUCGUUAUAAGCACUAUCUUUACCAUUCUGGCGGCUCUCGUUGUCUCCAUCCGGCUUUGGACACGAUUCAAGCUAGUAAGAAGUCCUGGCUUGGACGAUCUAUUUAUCUUUGCGGCUUUGCUAUGCUCCUUGGCAUUCUACGGAUUCAUACUAGUCGAGCGACACUAUGGCCUUGGAAUCGCCAAACAACAAUUGCCAGACGAUGUAAUUACCAAUCAGUUGCACUAUCUCUGGCUCUCAAUCCCAUUUUACAAUCUAGCCUUAAUCCUCUCCAAAUUAUCCGCCUUAUUCCUCUUCAUCCGCAUCUUCCGCACAAAACCUUUCCUCCUCGCCACAUACAUCACAAUGGGCUUCUUGAUAGUAGCAGGCCUGUGGGUGGUAUUAAGCGGUUUCAUCUUCUGCAUCCCGAUCUCGGAUUUUUGGCAUGCUUCGCCAUCAAGUAACAAGCACUGUCUCCCAAAAGGACCAGUCUGGUAUUCCAACGCCGCGAUGCAGAUCUUUUCUGAUAUCGUGAUCCUGAUUCUACCAAUGCCACUCUUAUACAAACUACAACUACCCCGGCAGCAGAAGAUUGGCAUUAUGCUUGUAUUUGGUGUUGGGAUUUUGUACGUGCCCUUCUUUCCCAGCUUACUUACGCCCUCAACUUCCGAGCACGAGCUAACAAUCUACUUGAUGUAUAGUGUAAUAGCAACCAGUUCCGCCCGCCUCUACGAGCUAAGCACAAUGGUAAACGGCCAUGACUUCACAAAGAAAAACGCUGAAGCAGCAGUCUGGUCUUCCCUCGAAUCCAACGUCUCAAUAAUCUGCGCCUGCAUGGCCCCCUCCACCCCUUUAUCUCAAAUAUUUUCUCCUUCUGCUUCCGCCCUCAACCACUUCACUCAACCCCUUGGUCAAAAACACACUCAAACGCGACCUGCGUCGCUGAUUCCCGGAAACGUUCUUACUGAAGGCGGGAUCUUCUCGAAUGAUUUCUUCUACGCGGGCCCGGGCGGCUAUACGGCUAGUAUCUCCAAACUGGGAGAUAGUGAGAAAGAUGAGAAAGGGGAGUGUGAGGGUCAGGAUGGAAUUAGGGUUGUUAGGGAGUUGAGGAUGGUUUCGGAUUCAGUCAUGCAGACUCCCAGACUUAGUCCGAGGCUUUUGCCUGAUGAGGGUAAAAAGGAUAUUGAGUUAGGGGAGGUUUCGGGCAUGGGAUCUGGGUCUGGAUCUGGCGGUGCCGGACAGGGGAGUUGGAAUCCGAGUAUUGAGUGGGAUUUGGGAGAUUUUGAGUUUCCGGAUUAUAAGGAAAGGAUGAAUGCUCCUAUUUAG